AUGGCGACUAUGGACAGGGUGUUCGCGGGCUAUGAGGCCCGAAAGGCUACCCUCACAGCCAGCAACAACCCUUUUGCCAAAGGGAUUGCCUGGAUCGAGGACCAACUGGUGCCAUUUCACGAGGCCCGGAUCCCGCUACGAGACCAAGGCUUCCUCCACAGUGACCUGACAUACGACGUCCCAGCAAUCUGGGACGGACGAUUUUUCCGGCUCCCGGACCAUCUGGACCGGUUAGAGCUUAGCUGCAAGAAGAUCCGCCUACAGCUGCCGAAACCAAAGGACGAAAUAAGGAAAAUACUCUUCGAGAUGACAGCAAGAUCCGGUAUCAGAGAUGCAUUCGUUGAGAUAAUCGUCACACGUGGCCUAAAUGGCGUGCGUGAGUCACGACCAGAGGAUAUCGUCAAUAAUCUAUACAUGUUCAUCAUCCCCUACGUUUGGGUGAUGGAGCCUCACAUUCAACGGGUUGGUGGCAGUGCAAUCAUUGCCCGCACUGUGAGACGUGUACCUCCCGGUGCCAUCGAUCCAACAGUCAAGAAUCUUCAAUGGGGAGACCUCACCCGAGGCAUGUACGAGGCAAAGGACAGGAAUGCCAUGUACCCUUUUCUCACAGACGGCGACUCGAACCUGACUGAGGGAUCAGGCUUCAACAUUGUCUUCAUCAAGGAUGGAGUGCUCCACACCCCGGACCGUGGCGUCCUCCAUGGCGUCACCCGGAAGAGUGUCUUUGACGCUGCUCGCGCUCAUGGAAUUGAGAUCAGGUGCGAGGUCAUCCCCGUCGAGCUUGCAUACCAGGCCGACGAGGUCCUGAUGUGCACCACGGCCGGCGGCAUUAUGCCCAUCACAACUCUCGAUGGGAAACCGAUCAAAGAUGGAAAGCUCGGUCCCAUCACCAAGGCCAUUUGGGACAAAUAUUGGGCCAUGCACUGGGAUCCGGAGUAUAGCAUCGAGGUCGAUUAUGGCAUGUUCAAGGGGAAGCUGUGA